UGAAGCUACUAUAAAAACGACCCAAGAUAUUGGUAACUAACAUUACUCGAUUGAAUUUCAAACGGACAACAUGAAAUUGCUCAUCCUAGCCUCCCUAGUCGCGGCCUGCACCGCCGGCGCCGGCUUCCAACAAAACUACCUCCCUCCUCAAUAUCGCACCGCCCCGACGUACUACCCGGAAUCUGUACGGCCCAGGGCUGCGUAUGAGAGGAAUGCAGCUAUACUGAGAUCUGUCAAUGACGCGAACGAGUACGGAUAUCGAUUCGCGUACGAAACUGAAAAUGGUAUCCAAGCCGAAGAAUCAGGUCAAGAAGCUAACGGUAUACAAGCGCAAGGCAGCUACUCAUAUACUGGCGACGACGGUCAAGUGUACAGCGUGAGGUACACAGCUGGAGCCAAUGGCUUCCAAGCUGAAGGUGCUCAUCUACCAACACCCCCACCACUGCCUGAAGCUAUUGCGAAGGCGCUGCAGGAAAAUGCGAGAGACGAAGCUAAUGGGAUCUAUGAUGACGGAAGUUACCGCGACGGUAAAUACGACUCGGGUACCGUGAUCGCCGCCCGCGCAUACCAACCACCCAGGCAGUACCUCGCCCCAGGCUUCAGACAGGGAUACCGUUACUAAAAGAUAUAGGAUAUUCCAGUGCCAUUUAGAAUAAGCUAUAUAAUAUAAUGCAAUAAAGUGAAGAAUAUGAAAGAUUA